AUGUCAUCCAGCAACACUUCAAGUACGGCGUUAGACACGCAGACGUGUCCGAUUCCAGUACCAGUAUAUCGUCAUGCAGCACCCUCGGGACCAUGGCCAUGGGUAGAUUUCAACACCGACCUUUCAUCCCCUGAGCCACCAUUUCGAAAGGGAGAACAUGAAUGGCGCGGAUACCCGCAAGAACUUUUCGGUAACUGGAGUCCGAUUCCAGUGGCACGAAGCCAGAUGUUGACACGAUGUGCGCACACCGUGAAACCGUGCAUCAUAUAUACCGUUGACGUAACGGGCGACGGUCAAUUCAAAAUACCCGAGCAAGGGCUGCAUCGCGUUGAGGUGCCGGAAGGGAAGGAAACCGAAUUCUGGUCAAAAUUACAGGAAGAAAGCAGUGUUCGGAAAAACGUCCGCGUUCGAGCGUUAUUCGUGGAUAACAUGUCGGAAUCCGUUUUGAAGAUGUUGGGGACGAGGUAUAACAUCGAGCCAUUCUUCUUUGCAUCCUCCACAAACUGGAUUCCUUCGCGAUACCGGGAAGAGGUUCAACAUGGAGUAGGGGAUCAUAUCACAGUUAUCCUUCCUUUCAUUCGGACUACGGGGCAGAAAACGAAGACACAUUCUAGCUUAACGGGCAUGAAACGGAACGCAAGGAAGAAUACUAUAGAUGUCAUGUCACCCCUUCACCUACACGGGGAACAUGUCCUUCUCAUCGACCUUCUGGCAAUCCAUAUGAUUCGCGAGAAGAAUUCCUCUACAAUCAUAACGUAUCAUCCUGUGCUGCGUGAUCGCACUACUGCAGAGCGCUUGCAUCUGGUUAUGGAGCGCGCAGGUGGAAGCGUUUACUGGAAUAAAAUAUUCGUCGCAUCUGAAGAUCCAACCUUCUUCUUUCUGGCAAUCUUGUGGUACGCGCUGUAUGCGUGGGAUGAGACAUUUGAAGUGUUGUAUAAGCGCAUCAAGGAUUUGGAAGUAAUCUUGAACGCCUCUGACUUCUCUGCCAUGACCGACCUCAACUAUAACCUCCAUAGCCUUCAGGCGCACCUCCUCCAGUACCAAACCCUCCUUCAUGAUUUCGAGAUUUCGGUCACAUUUGUUAUGGAGACUCCAAACCCUGCAAUGGAAGAUUCAAAAAAUUGGGGUACUACAGAAGAGCUGAUGCAACGAGAAUGCAAGAACCUCCUUUCCGAAAUUGACAGGUUACACAGAAGAUGUUCGAUGCUCAUUAGUCGAUUAAAGAACGCCACAGAUUUGGCAUUUGCGACUGUCAACAUCGAAGAUAGUCGUCAAACAUUCAGGUUAACGAUGGCGACCCUUCGAGACUCUGCAGCGAUGAAACAGAUAUCAUACCUGACCAUGGUCUUCUUGCCCGCCAGUUUUACUGCUUCGGUCUUUGGGAUGAACGUGCGCGAAAUUAAUCCCGGCUCUCUUGAGACGAUCGCACAUUAUGUUUUGGUAUCUUUGUUGUUGACUUUUGUCACGACAUGGAUCGUUAUUGCUUUCCAACCAUACAGUACGAUCCACAAGCCUGGAGCUGGUAUGUGGCGGAGGGCUGCUUGGCCUGCGUUUGUCUUCAGCCGUAAGAUUGUUGAGUACUCCAAGUCCUGGAUCGAGAGCAAGAAGACUACGCCACAGGAAACAAAUAUCUCCUUGGAUUCAAUUCGCGGGAGAGGAGGUCAUUCUUCUACGUUGAUGUUCGACGACGCAAUGUUUGAAGAGGAUGCAAUUGGUGGUUGA